CCCCGCCGACCCUGGCCCCCUCCCCGGACACCCAGAGCCACCAUGGCAGAGCUGCCGGGGUCAGAGAUGCCAGGGGACCCCACGCUGUGCAGCGGGCGCUUCACCAUCAGCACGCUGCUGGGGGGCGAUGAGCCCCCGCCGCCAGCUGCCUACGACAGCAGCCACCCCAGCCACCUGACCCACGGCAGCACCUUCUACAUGCGCACCUUCGGCUACAACACUAUCGAUGUGGUGCCCGCCUACGAGCACUAUGCCAACAGCGCCCUGCCCGGAGAGCCCCGAAAGGUUCGGCCCACGCUGGCCCAUCUGCACUCCUUCCUCAAGCAGGAAGGCAGCCAUCUGCACGCCUUGGCCUUCGACAGCCGGCCCGGCCAUGAGAUGACUGACGGGCUGGUGGAGGAUGAGACAGGCACCAACAGUGAGAAGAACCCUGGGGAGCCCGUGCGCUUUGGCUGGGUCAAGGGGGUGAUGAUCCGUUGCAUGCUCAAUAUCUGGGGCGUGAUCCUCUACCUAAGGCUCCCCUGGAUUACAGCCCAGGCGGGCAUCGUCCUGACCUGGAUCAUCAUCCUGCUCUCGGUCACGGUGACCUCCAUCACGGGCCUCUCCAUCUCGGCCAUCUCUACCAACGGCAAGGUCAAGUCAGGUGGCACCUACUUCCUCAUCUCCCGGAGUCUCGGCCCAGAGCUCGGGGGCUCCAUCGGCCUCAUUUUCGCUUUUGCCAAUGCUGUGGGCGUGGCCAUGCACACCGUGGGCUUUGCAGAGACCGUGCGGGAUCUGCUCCAGGAGUACGGCACACCCAUCGUGGACCCCAUCAAUGACAUCCGCAUCAUCGGCGUGGUCACCGUCACCGUGCUGCUGGCCAUCUCCCUGGCUGGCAUGGAGUGGGAGUCCAAGGCCCAGGUGCUUUUCUUCCUUGUCAUCAUGAUCUCCUUUGCCAACUACUUAGUGGGGACGCUGAUCCCCCCAUCUGAGGACAAGGCCUCCAAAGGCUUCUUCAGCUACCGGGCGGACAUUUUUGUCCAGAACUUGGUACCCGACUGGCGGGGUGCAGAAGGCAGCUUCUUCGGGAUGUUCUCCAUCUUCUUUCCCUCGGCUACAGGCAUCCUGGCAGGGGCCAACAUCUCUGGGGACCUCAAGGACCCUGCUGUAGCCAUUCCCAAGGGAACGCUCAUGGCCAUUUUCUGGACCACUGUCUCCUACCUGGCCAUCUCGGCCACCAUCGGCUCCUGCGUGGUUCGCGAUGCCUCCGGGGUCCUGAAUGCCACGGUGACCCCCGGCUCGGGCGCCUGCGAGGGGCUGGCCUGUGGCUACGGCUGGAACUUCACAGAGUGUGCCCACCAGCACAGCUGCCGCUAUGGCCUCAUCAACUACUACCAGACCAUGAGCAUGGUGUCAGGCUUCGCGCCCCUGAUCACGGCCGGCAUCUUUGGGGCCACGCUCUCCUCCGCCCUGGCCUGCCUCGUCUCCGCCGCCAAGGUCUUCCAGUGCCUGUGCGAGGACCAGCUGUACCCACUGAUCGGCUUCUUCGGCAAGGGCUACGGCAAGAACAAGGAGCCCGUGCGCGGCUACCUGCUGGCCUACGCCAUUGCCGUGGCCUUCAUCAUCAUCGCUGAGCUCAACACCAUUGCCCCCAUCAUCUCCAACUUCUUCCUAUGCUCCUACGCCCUCAUCAACUUCAGCUGUUUCCACGCCUCCAUCACCAACUCGCCCGGGUGGAGACCCUCGUUCCGGUACUACAGCAAGUGGACGGCGCUGUUCGGGGCGGUCAUCUCUGUGGUCAUCAUGUUCCUUCUCACCUGGUGGGCAGCCCUCAUCGCCAUCGGCGUCGUUCUCUUCCUCCUGCUCUACGUGAUCUACAAGAAGCCAGAGGUGAACUGGGGCUCCUCGGUUCAGGCCGGCUCCUACAACUUGGCCCUGAGCUACUCGGUGGGCCUCAACAAGGUGGAGGAUCACAUCAAGAACUACCGCCCCCAGUGCCUGGUGCUCACGGGGCCCCCCAACUUCCGCCCAGCCCUGGUUGACUUUGUGGGCACCUUCACCCGGAACCUCAGCCUGAUGGUCUGUGGCCACGUGCUCAUUGGACCCCGCAAACAGAGGAUGCCUGAGCUCCGGCUCAUUGCCAAUGGGCACACCAAGUGGCUGAACAAGAGGAAGAUCAAGGCCUUCUACUCAGACGUCAUUGCCGAGGACCUCCGUAGUGGUGUACAGAUUCUCAUGCAGGCCACAGGUCUCGGGAGAAUGAAGCCCAACAUUCUGGUGAUUGGGUUCAAGAAGAACUGGCAGUCGGCUCACCCGGCCACAGUGGAGGACUACAUUGGCAUCCUGCACGAUGCUUUUGAUUUCAACUACGGUGUGUGUGUCAUGAGGAUGCGUGAGGGGCUCAACGUCUCGGAAGUGAUGCAGGCACACAUUAACCCAGUGUUUGACCCAGUGUUUGACCCAGCGGAGGACAGCAAAGAAGCCGGCACCAGCGGGGCCAGGCCAUCUGUCUCAGGCACACAUCAGUCCCCACCCCACUCAAGGCACCCUCACCUCGUGGGGCAGCUAGUGGGGGGCCAUGAGGGAAACUGGUCAAGGGCAGGAGUGGACCCUGAGGCCCUGGUACGGGAGGAGCAGGCCAGCACCAUCUUCCAGUCUGAGCAGGGCAAGAAGACCAUAGACAUCUACUGGCUAUUUGACGACGGAGGCCUCACCCUCCUCAUCCCCUAUCUCCUCGGCCGCAAGAAGAGGUGGAGCAAAUGCAGGAUCCGCGUGUUCGUGGGGGGCCAGAUCAACAGGAUGGACCAGGAGAGAAAGGCGAUCAUUUCUCUGUUGAGCAAGUUCCGACUGGGAUUCCACGACGUUCACGUCCUCCCCGACAUCAACCAGAAGCCGCGGGCGGAGCACACCAAGAGGUUUGAGGACAUGAUUGCACCCUUCCGCCUGAAUGACGGCUUCAAGGAUGAGGCUGCUGUCACCGAGAUGAGGCGUGACUGCCCCUGGAAGAUCUCAGAUGAGGAGAUUAACAAGAACAGAGUCAAGUCCCUUCGGCAGGUGAGGCUGAACGAGAUCCUGCUGGAUUCCUCCCAGGACGCUGCUCUAGUGGUCAUUACCUUGCCUAUAGGGAGGAAAGGAAAGUGUCCGAGCUCCCUGUACAUGGCCUGGUUGGAGACGCUGUCCCAGGACCUCAGACCUCCGGUCAUCCUGAUCCGAGGAAACCAGGAAAACGUGCUCACCUUUUACUGCCAGUAACUCCAGGCAUGGCCACGCCUGCCCAGAGCUGAGGAGGCCUGGGACAUCUGUUUGUCGGUGGGGACAAGACUCGUGUCCUGAUGUCCUUUAACUGGUAGCAUCUGAUGAUCCGACUGAAGGAGCUGGUAGAUUUCCAGACUUUGGCUAGACCCCACUCCCAACGGACACAUCCUCUGGGCUUUGUUUGUAUAGGCUAGGGAAGUAGCAGAUGAAGUUGUGUGGAAAGUUCUCUGGUGGAUAUAUAUUCCUUUUAAGUUUUCUUUUGAUCUUGAUUACAACGAAUUAAGAUUUCCGUCUUUGAUUUAUCUGCAAAUUUGAGUCGGAGUGCUGAGUGUGAAUCUGGAAGUUUCUAGACCUUCCCUAGGAGUGCUCCCUCAGUGUACCUCCCUCCUCCAACAGUUAGGAGGAUGGACACCCCCCUGCAGCCCUUCCAAGGAGGAAUCACAGGGCCCUCUGAGCCUCCAUGAUGCAAAUUUCUUUAACCACUUCUCACUCUCUUCACUUUCGAUAAUGUGUCUUCAGCAUUUGGGUUGGUUCUUUACUAGAUGAGGGACUUUCAAACUUGUUUGGGCUGCAACCCCCAGUGAGAAAUAUAUUUUUUGUUGAGACUUGAAACAAACAUGCACUGAAACUAUAAAGUGUCACAAAACAAUACUUAUCCUUACUAUGGGUGAUGCGCUCUGAUAUUUUCUGUUAUAUUUUGUUUCCUCUUUUUUUUUUUAAGGGAGGGGAGAGGGAGAGAGGGAGAGAGAGAGAAUAUCAAGCAUAGUCCAUGUUCAGCAUGGAGCCAGACUCGGGGCUUGAUCCCAUGAUCCUGAGAUCACGACUUCAGUUGAAAUCAAGAGUCAGAUGCUCAACAGACUGAGCUGCCCAGGUGCCCCUCUUUUUCUCUUUUGACGUUGGUUGCAAUCCACUAAUGGGUGGUGACCCAUGAUUUUCAGAAAGGCCAUGUUGGACAUCACUGGCGUUUCUCCAUCAUAUCCCACAGAGAAGGAAAAGGAAGGAAAAAAACAUGUGAGGAGGGGUAUUGGUGGUGGACGUGUUGAGAACGAGCUUCAAAGGAGGGACAAGAGUUAGGGUGUCUCAUGGAAGGAUGUUAAUUUUCAGGUGUGGUUGGGGAGGGAGGAUGGAGGUCUGGUUAGGGAUGUUCAGGAUGCAGUUUUGGUGGGUCAGGAAUGGAGAAGCAGAGAAGAGGUAUAAAGAUGGCCAGAUUGGCAAAGGAUCAGAAAGGUCCACGCCCUGUCCAAGGCCUGGUGAAGAGCGAGGGGUAAGGAAGCACCAGCCAAAGACGGAGGCAGAGGGGGCUGCGGUGGAGGUGAGUGCAAGACGGGGCUCAGCAGUGAGAGGGAACCUGGGGAAGAUGAGCCUUGCUCAGGUAAGGGUGUUUGGAUGCUUACAGAGCGUUUGUGCCAACCAAGCUAGGACGCAAGAGCAGAAGGUACAUUAAGAGAUGCCCCGUGCCGGUGGGCGAGCCUCCCUGAAAGGGCAUUUCAGCUCUAGAUGCACCCCUGCAAUCCAUACAAGUGGGUUGUUGGGAGGUAUGACUGGCUGGGCCUCCUUGCAGUGGCCACUUUCUUGAGGGCGGCCAAAGGAACGAGGCAUCUUUGGGUCUGGUAAGCCCCCUCCAAGCCCACUGAAGUGCCCACUUAGUCACGAAGGCAAAAAUCUCUUUCUUAGGAUCAGGAGCCAAGGGACUUCAGUGUCUCCCAGGUCCUGUGGUUGCAGACACCAAAGGCUGGGGGCUUCUAAGCUGUUACAAGCCCCACAGUAGGUUCACCGCAUGGGGACUUGGUGAGGGUCACCUAGUGCCUGGCUGAGCUCAUUAGGGAUGUCUCCUCUGCUCCUGAGGGACCGGAGAGGGGUCCUGCCUCUGAGCCAUUCUUUAGACCUGGGACCAACCCCCAACUCCAGAUAAGGUGAAGCUUCAGUCAGGGAACGCUUGUCUUUCUAGAACCACAUAGAAAACCAUUUCCUGGCGAAUGGGUGCUCCCUUUUCAGAUCUCAGAGAGACCCUGAUCCAAGGACAAAAAAUGCUCUGGGUUAGGGCGUUAGAAAAACAAACAAAAAACCAAUUUUCACUCUGUUGGAAACUGCAUUUUGAGCAAUGAUAAUAGCUUUGUUUAAAAAAAAAAAAAAAAAAAAAGCCUUGAGGGGCACCUGAGUGGCUCAGUCAGUUAGGUGUCUGAUUUCAGCUCAGGUCAUGAUCUCACGGUUCGUGAGUUCAAGCUCCGCAUUGGGCUCUGCGCUAGUAUCUCAGAGCCUGGAGCCUGCUUUGGAUUCUGUGUCUCCUUCUCUCUCUGCCCUUCCUCCACUCACUCUGUCUCUCUCUCUCUCUCUCUCUCUCUCUCUCGAAAAUAAACAUUAAAAAAAAAAUUUUUUUUUAAAGCCUUAACAGUAAGGUCAAAAACAAAUGAAUAAAAAAUGUGCUCACUUGGUCAACAGAAUUUAUUUGUUUUGGAACAUGCUGUUUCUCAACUCUGCUGAGUGUUUUGAAAAAAUUAACUGUAUUGUUUUAUCAACCCUGGAUUGAACUUUUCUCUGAGCCUCUUCUAGAUCUUUAGGUCAUAUUGCCAGACUUCCACAUGAACAUUUACAGGAGCCACUAAUUUUCCCUUUGCUUCUCUGGCUUGUGUUUGCAGAUUCACAGGGAACUCAUUUUCUUUUUCUUCUUCUUCUUCUUCUUCUUCUUUUUUUAAAUGUUUAUUCAUUUUUGAGAGACAGAGACAGAGUAUGAGCAGGGAGGGGCAGAGAGAGAGAGGGAGACACAGAAUCUGAAGCAGGCUCCAGGCUCUGAGAUGUCAGCACAGAGCCAAUGCAGGGCUCAAACCCGCAAACUGCCAAGGUCAUGACCCGAGCCGAAGUCGGACGCCUAACCGACUGAGCCACCGAGACGCCCCAUCUUCUGUCUUGAUAAAAGUCUCUGAGUAUCUCAAUCUUACCUCAAGCCAAGAGGUGGAGGGGUUAAGUGGAAAGAGUCACAGCAUGGCCACCAGGAGGCUUGGACUUGAGUUUCUGUCUCCUCCCCAAACCGGCAGUGUGACCUUAGAUACCCCUUAACCCCUCUGGGCCUCUGUGUAGAACGAGAGAACUGGACCAGAACAGGUGUCACCAGAUGGCUGCCUGCUGAUGGCUAUGGUUUGGCCCACACAUGGUUGAUCAAAGUUGUGAAUGCUGGGGGUGGGGCGAAAACCACAUUCUUCUGUCACCCCCCACCCUCAGCCACCACUGCCUUCUGCCUUAAUGUGUGAUCAGAGGCUCUCAAGGUCCUCCAGCUCAUUGUUUGGCCCACAGGGCAGCACAGGUGUGACAGAUUUCAGUCCCGUGUGUGUGUGUGUGUGUGUGUGUGUCUGCCUUUGAGUGAUAAAAUCCUCCACUUUCGUGAGUUUCAGGGCUGGGAAGUGGCUGGGUAUGGCCGGAGCCCAGCGGCAGCCAGCAGCCACACUGGCCACCUCAGCAGGGACUCCUCCCUCAUGUCCCCCCCCAGGAUCCACUGCCCAGUCAGCUCCCAAUGUUCCCCUCAUCAUUUCAGCCUCCAGAUUUCACAUCCUCCUUCAGUUCCUGCUCAGACUUGUUGUGGCUUUGAAGUAAGCACAGUGUGGCCCAUUUUUCACCCAAUAGGCUUGCUGAGUUCUACCUCCCAGGCAGAAAGCUGUGGGCCUCAUUAGCACACGGAGAGUCCCCAUUUGGACUGGGUUCCCUUUUACACACCUGCCUGGCCUUUCCUGCGUGGCAAGGGAGAGAUCGGUGUUACAAGGAUGAGACCAGCUGGAAUGUUCCAAAAGGACCACCUAGCUGCGAGGCCCCCAGGCACAGGCAGAGCAGCCAGGUUACGCUUGUAGCUGUGUUUAGCUCAGGAAGUUACCCGAAAAAUGCUGCUAAAUUCAAAAGUGUUCACAAAAACAGGACCCAGGAGAGCCCAGCCACCCCUGCAUCGGUAACUCCCCACUUGACGUGACGGUUAAACCUAUGAUCGAAAGCACAAGCAUCAUGUAAGCACUGCUUCCUGAAAGGGAGCCAAAAUAAAUUCAGUUUCUAAAAAUGCCAUGUGGGCAGAACCUUGUGCAGAACCACCUGGCUGAGAGGACGGACAGCAACAUGUCAUACGGAUGAAGGACAGUGUCAACAGAGAACAAGUGUUUUUCAUCCCAGCUUAGAGUUACAAAUCAAAGGCUUUAAGGAUGUGAAGGAGGGAGCAAACCCAUAAGAGCAAGGGAAUUAGGCCAGUCUCUCUAGAGAAAAUGGUGUUUAGAAUAGGUUUGAGUGAUCAGUAGGAUUCUACAGAUAGACACAAGGACUGUGGUUGGGAGGAGGUAUUUCAGGCGGCAUCGGUGGUUUGAACAAGGACUCGAAUAAGGAGAUCCCUUGUUUGGAAAAUAAGAAAUAAGCCAGUUUUCCUGGAGCAUGAGAGCUGGGGGGGCG